UCGAGGUCGGGGAAAGGAGAGAUCUGGGUGCCCGGGAAGCGCUGCCGUCUCCAUUUUCCCGGCGCCCGGCGUGGCCCUGCGGGCGAGCGCGGACGGCUGCAGCCCGGGGCGGGGUCCUUGCCGGUCAGGCUCCCGGCAUUGGGCUGAGUCCCGCCAGGCGGCCUGCGGUGGGUAGGGGUCGGCAGGGCCUGGGCUGCACCCCGCGCCCCUCGGGGCUGCACCGUGCAGACAAUGAGAUCUGGAGCCGCCUGGGGAGGUGCGGCGGGGCUGAUACUCCGCACUAGGGCGCUGGUGGCGGGGGACCGCGGGUGGAAAGGGACUGGCUCCCGGUAGCCGCAGAAACCGGUGGCUGGAUGCGGGAUUGUUCCAGCUUCCGUGCCCUGCCCGCUUUCAUAGAUGAGUUCACUGCAGAGAUUUAGAAAGGCGGGGCGCCUUCUGUGUCUUCUAAUUAAGCCGGCAAAGUAAUUGCUCUAGUGCUUUUUAGCUCCAUCUCAUCUUUCCGCGUACAUUCCCGCCGGAAAUCCAAACUGCAAUUCAGUGGAGGACGGCAGAAAGAGGGAAGGCUGCAUAAUAGUGUUGGUUAGGUUGCCUUCAUUUUAAGAUACCUGAAAAAUACCCUUUUCUUAUUCAGACGUUGUCUUAGGAUGGCCCCACUAUGUGAGCUGGAAACUACUUGAUCCUUAUGUAUCAGAGUGAAAUAGGAGCUUUGGGAAAUGAUGGAGCAACUAUCCGAUGAAGAGAUUGACCAUGGUGCCGAAGAAGACAGUGACAAGGAAGAUCAGGACCUGGAUAAAAUGUUUGGGGCCUGGCUUGGGGAACUGGACAGACUUACUCAGAGUUUGGAUUCUGACAAGCCCAAAGAACCAGUAAAAAGAUCUCCUCUUCGCCAGGAAACAAAUAUGGCCAACUUUUCUUACCGUUUCUCCAUAUACAACUUGAAUGAAGCUCUGAAUCAGGGUGAGACUGUGGACCUGGAUGCCCUGAUGGCCGAUCUCUGCUCUAUAGAGCAGGAGCUCAGCAGCAUUGGCUCAGGAAAUAGUAAGCGUCAAGUCACAGAACCAAAAGUUACUCAGAAGCUACCUGCUGGCCGACAUACGUCAAAACAUGGCACCCUGAGAGGACUAUCAUCUUCCUCUGAUAGAACAACUAAACCUUCCCAUGCUAACUACUCCCUGGAUGACAUCACUGCACAGUUAGAACAGGCUUCCUUGAGCAUGGAUGAGGCUGCUCAGCAAUCUGUAGUAGAAGAUCCUAAGCCUUUAGUGACAAAUCAGCACAGGAGGACUGCAUCAGCAGGCACUGUGAGUGAUGCUGAAGCGCGCUCCAUCAGUAACUCCUCCCGGUCAAGCAUCACUUCUGCAGCCUCUAGCAUGGAUUCUUUGGAUAUUGAUAAAGUAACACGCCCUCAAGAACUUGAUUUGACAACACACCAGGGGCAACCAAUUACUGAGCAUGCUAUCUCUCUGAGCUGUCCCAGUAAGCAAGCCAAGCAGCACUCUGACUUCACAGAAGAGCAGGCUGAGCUGACACCUCACUCCUAUCUGGACAGGGAGACCUCCCUUCUUCUGAGAAACAUUGCAGGAAAACCUUCCCACUUGCUGACCAAGGAAGAACAGGCAGCAAAACUGAAAGCUGAGAAGAUCCGAGUUGCUCUGGAGAAAAUUAAAGAGGCUCAAGUGAAAAAGCUGGUGAUCAGGGUCCACAUGUCUGAUGACAGUUCUAAGACAAUGAUGGUGGAUGAAAGACAGACAGUGAGACAAGUGCUGGAUAACCUGAUGGACAAAUCUCACUGUGGCUACAGUUUAGACUGGUCGCUGGUGGAAACCAUUUCCGAGUUACAAAUGGAAAGAAUCUUUGAAGACCAUGAAAACUUGGUUGAAAAUCUUCUUAAUUGGACAAGAGACAGCCAAAAUAAGCUUAUAUUUAUGGAGCGUAUAGAAAAAUAUGCACUUUUUAAAAACCCCCAGAAUUACCUUCUAGGAAAAAGGGAAACAGCUGAGAUGGCAGACAGAAACAAAGAAGUGCUGUUAGAGGAAUGUUUUUGUGGAAGUUCUGUAACUGUCCCAGAAAUUGAAGGAGUCCUUUGGUUGAAAGAUGAUGGCAAGAAGUCCUGGAAAAAGCGUUAUUUUCUCUUGCGAGCGUCUGGUAUCUAUUAUGUCCCUAAAGGAAAAGCAAAGGUAUCUCGGGAUCUAGUGUGCUUUCUCCAGCUGGAUCAUGUAAAUGUAUACUAUGGACAGGACUACCGGAACAAAUACAAAGCACCCACAGACUGCUGUCUGGCGCUAAAGCACCCACAGAUCCAGAAGAAGUCUCAGUAUAUCAAGUACCUUUGUUGUGAUGAUGCAAGGACCCUGCAUCAGUGGGUCAAUGGAAUCCGCAUUGCCAAGUAUGGGAAGCAGCUCUACACGAAUUACCAAGAAGCCUUGAAGAGGACAGAGCCCGCUUAUGAUUGGACUUCGUUAUCCAGCUCCAGCAUUAAAUCCGGAUCCAGUUCUUCCAGUAUCCCGGAGUCUCAGUCAAACCACUCUAAUCAGUCUGACAGUGGAGUGUCUGACACCCUGCCUACUGGACACAUCCGUUCCCAAAGUACCGUGAGCUCCAUCUUCUCAGAAGCCUGGAAGCGAGGCACUCAGCUGGAAGAGUCCAGCAAGGCCAGAAUGGAGUCUAUGAAUCGGUCCUACACUUCACUUAUGCCCCCUCUGUCCCCUCAAACUAAGAUCAUCACCCCCUAUACUGCCUCACAACCUUCACCGCCUCUGCCUCCUCCUCCACCACCACCUCCUCCUCCUCCACCUCCACCACCACCACCUCCUCCUCCUCUCCCCAGCCAGUCUGCACCAUCUUCAGGCUCAGCAGCUACCAUGUUUGUCAAGUACAGCACAAUCACCAGGCUGCAAAAUGCAGCUCAGCAUUCAGGGACCCUGUUUAAGUCUCCAACACCACCAGCGAUGCAACCUCUUCCUCUGGCUUCACAGUCCAAGGCUCAAAUUGUGGUGCCUCCCAAUGGAGUUAUUCCUCCGCCCCCUCCUCCCCCACCAGCCCCAACCCCCGGCUCAGCCAUGGCUCAGUUAAAGCCAGUGCCAUGUGCCCCAUCCCUACCACAGUUCAGUCCCCAACCUCCUCCACUCAAGAUUCAUCAGGUUCAGCAUCUUCCUCAGGCGGCCCCUCCUACACCCCCACCAGCUCCUCCCAUCCCUGCAACUGUCCCUCCUCAAGCACCCCCUAAACCUCUGGUGACCAUCCCUCCUUCAGCCAGCACAAAGACUGUGUCACCAGUAGUAGCACAAGGUGUACCACCAACCCCUGCACCUCCGGUGCCCCCUGCAAAGAAGCAGCAAGUUUUCCCUGUUUCUCACAUUCCACCCACUCCCCCUGUGCAGCCUACCCCACAUCCCCCCCCUACACUUCCCAAACAGCAGAGCUUUGGGGUAAAGCCACCCCCCUCUCCACUGUCCCCUGUGCCCUCCAUUGUGAAGCAGAUAGCCAGUCAAUUUCCACCCCCUCCCACUCCUCCUCCUGUGGACUCUCAGCCCCUAAAGUCCCUGCCAGCAAGUGGCACUCCACAGUCGCCUCCUGCAGUAAAAGCAAAACCCAAAUGGCAGCCCAGCUCAAUCCCUGUCCCUUCUCCAGAUUUCCCUCCUCCCCCUCCUGAAAGCAGCCUGGUGUUUCCUCCACCACCUCCUCCAGCCCCAGCCCCACCACCGCCACCGCCACCGCCACCACCACCACCACCACCACCACUAGUGCCACCCACAGCUUCACCUACCCCUGACAAAGGUGGAUCUCCAGGCAAAAAGACAAGUAAGAUGUCCAGCCCUGGGGGAAAGAAACCACCCCCAACCCCGCAGCGCAACUCCAGCAUUAAGUCCGGCAGUUGUGCAGAGCACCCUGAGCCCAAGCGACCAUCGGUAGACAGUCUAGUCAGCAAGUUUGCACCGCCAGCAGAAUCAGGGUCUCCCAGCAAGGAGACCCCACCACCUCCUGCAGCACCCCCCAAACCUGGGAAACUACACCUUUCUGGAGUCAACCUCCCUGGAAUCCACCAGCAAGGGAUUGUGUCGGCAAAAGCCUCUGUUCUGAGUGGGCGUGGAAAGGACGUUGCAGUGGAAUUUCCAUCUCCACCAUCUGAUUCUGACUUUCCACCCCCUCCACCUGAAAUAGAGCUUCCUCUGCCCCCCAUCGAGAUUCCAGCUGUAUUCUCGGGGAACACCUCCCCCAAAGUGGCAGUUGUUAAUCCUCAGCCACAGCUAUGGUCUAAAACAUCAGUGAAGAAGGCCCCCCCACCUACCCGGCCCAAACGCAAUGACAGUACCCGCCUCACUCAAGCUGACAUCUCUGAACAGCCAGCAUUGCCCACAGUUGUGCCACAAGUGCCCACCUCUCCUAAACCCAGCCUUAGUGUCCAACCUGGAUUCCUAGCUGAUCUUAACAGGACAUUGCAGCGCAAGUCUAUCACGCGGCAUGGCUCCCUGUCCUCCUCACGUUUGUCCAGAGCAGAACCCACAGCCACAAUGGACGACAUGGCACUACCCCCACCACCACCAGAACUGCUGUCUGACCAGCAGAAGGCUGGCUUUGGAGGUAGUCAUAUUUCGGGCUAUGCAACAUUGCGAAGAGGACCCCCUCCCGCUCCUCCUAAGAGAGACCAGAAUACUAAGCUCUCAAGAGACUGGUAGCCACAGACUUAUUUUCAUGCUAUCUAUAAUAAGUUCUACAAUCAGUUCAUCUGAUCAUCUGUGAAUCCAGGUGUUCAGAGCCUCCUGAUAUGUUAUUCAGGUAGUGUCCAGCUGUGUGUGUUUGUAUAUGUGCUGCGUGUGUGUACAUGGAUGUACACACAGCUAUACAGAUUGUGUGUAUAUACAUAUGUAUACAUGUGUGAAUGUGUAUAUAUAGAGAGAACUGAUUCUAUUUAUUCCUUUUGCCUCCUAAUCCGAAUAUGGAGUUUUGUAUAUUUUGAGUGGAAGGAGACAUAGGAGGGGAUAUAUUGUCACUUAUAAUUUGUCUAUCGUAUGGAUUGGACCAAACACUAGAAGGUAUUUCCUGUGUCUGUCCAUGUGCCACCUUUCUGUGCAUGUGUUAUAGAAGAAAUAGAUGGACAGUUUCUCAGCUAGAGAGUACCAUCAAAAUGUUUGGUGUAUCUAGAAGGGCUUUUUUCUUUAUUUCUCCCAGUUUUUCCCAGUUGGCUGAAUUUAGAACUGCUUGACUGACACUUAAAUACAUGUAGUAAAGGGACACUGUACAUCAGGAAAACCUUCACUAUACAGAACGGGUAAACAGUACAGGAAAGGGAAAUCCAGAAGACACUGUCUGUGGCUAUACAUAGGAAACUCAUGGCUGCUCUAGUUGCACUAGUCCUGCCAUGACACCAGCCACAUUUGAGAUGUCUUCACAGGUAAGCUUUUUGUCUGCAACACAAGGAAUAUUUAAUGCUAUGAACCUGGCUACUUUCAGUACUGUCUUGUGAAGCUUCGUCAACUCGGCCUCAUGAUUCUCGCUUUAUUGUGAAUGUCCAGUACAUGUACUGUCCAGUUAUGUCUUUAAGUCACAGUUACCUUCAUAUAUAUAGUGUGUGCAUUUGUAGACAUUUGAAUCCAUGAAUAGUCUGAAUAUGAAAUAUAUGCCCUGUGCCCAAUUUGGUUCAUCACUAUAAAGACAGUCACCUGCUGCAAUGCCUUCUUUAAAAAUUGUCCAAUAGAGAAAAGAACUGGCCCUGUACAGGUAUCACUCAUGAAGUUACAAUGCAAAGAAUCCAUUUGGGAAUGGAAUUAUCAUGAACAAAGUGAGUUUUCAUAAUUUCAUCGAUAGCUAGUGGACCUGCUAAGAUCUUUGCUGUUUACAGCGCAAGUGUAGAGAUUUUGUAGGUAACCAGGUGUCUGAUGGAGUAGUGUCACAGUCCAGUGACAGUGGCACUGGCUAUGCACAGACAUCUGGGCAAACCUUGGAAGCAUUGCUCCGAUGAUGCUACUAGACUUCACUCUUCUGUGUGCUUUUGGUACUUUUAUCAACUUACAAUGACAGGUUGAAGGGAAUAAAAUACAACCUUAGAGCUAUUUUUAAGAGAAUAAAAACUGUCCAUCCUACCAGUUACAAAUGAACAUAUCUUAUAAAGAAAGUCUGUGUCUGUUGAAAAGAUAACCAGUGCCAAACGCAAGACUCCUUUGUUCCUGUCCCUCAAGGAGGAAGUAAGUGCAAUGAAUCUAGGUCAAGAUUCAUUGGAGAAUUUAGUAUUUGUACUACCACAUCAGAGAGAUGUGUGAGUGGCAUCUCCUGUCACAUUCAGUGCAGCCACUAUUCAGUGCAGUCAGUCAGGGAGGAAAAAGACAAUAUAAGUCAUUGUGCUUCUUAAAACCCAACUUAAGAAUAUUUUUUGAAUCUUUCAAAUUGUUCACCAAGUAUUCGUGCUUGCUAUUCCUAUGAUAAAGUGACCUUUAACAUAGUGCAUUGUUAGUUUCAAUAUAUACAACAAAUGUAGUCAACCCGACUACAGAUGCCAAGCCCCACCGACACUGAGAGAAGUACUUCCCCAUGCUUAUCAACCUGUGGCUCUGUUCAAGAGAAUGGAUCCAGUUAUCCCCAGUGUUGAACCUUUUUUUUUUUUUUCUUUUUAAAUUGAACCAGAUAAGACAAUUUAAGAUUUCCUUGAAUAGAAAAAUAUAUAUUUCCAAUCUAGAUUAAGCCCUAAAUCAACAGCCUUCAUUUUUUUCAUUGUGGAUUUCAUGGGAAUCCUUGAGGCACCCUGAGCCAUGACUUCUGCUUUAUUGUCUUGGGAGAGCAGAUACCUCUGAAAGCUAGUAAUACCAAGAAAACGAGAGAGCAGUAACUAUCCUCUUCUAACUCCAGUCAUGUGACCGCAUGCAGUUUCUUUAUAUUUUUCUAAUAUCUAUUUUAAAAAAAAAGGUGAUACACCCCUAUCUUUUUUUUAAAGUAACAUUCCAAUUUUUGUUUUUAGCUGCCUAGCGUGUUUGAAGGUUUUGUUGAGGUGUAGUUUUGUUUCUUCUCUUGUCUCUGAUGUGUUCACAGACAAGACCCACUGCCUUCUGCUUGGCAGCUCCAGCUUACAUGGCUUUCCGGCCUGUGAAAGGUACCUGCAGGUUUCCCGGAUGCUGACUAGCAAAUAGGGAGGGUGAGGACCUUCUGCUCCUGAGGGCAGGACACUCUGGUGCUUUUCAGAAUUGGUGACUCGCUUUCUGACAACCUUAAUUUUUACUGUAUAAGCAAUUUCAAGAGUCUCUAGUGCUUAAGGUUUGGCACUAACUCUGAUGGGCAGCGGAACAAUCAAACUCCAGCUCAUAGGUGUCAGUACCAACACUACUCUAUGUUAACCUCACCAUCUUGGCUUUUAUUCCCAAGAGAUUUAAGUACUUUGCCUUUUUAGUCACUACAAUUCUCAUUUGAAGGGGAGAAAAUUAGUUUUUUAGAUGCCCACUUACAGAUAACUAUUUUUUUCCAUCUCUAAACUUUUUAACAUGAGAAAGAUGGCUGUAUCUUAAAAAUUACCAAAAAGACUUGUUUUCAUCAGAUAAUUAAAAGUAGUAGAGAUGACAGUGUGGUUUUUAAAGUCCUCCAAAAUUGAGGUGCUCCUGCCCACAGAUGGCGUAUCUUGCAGAGGGCUAAGAAAUGUUUUGGGUUCCUUCUCUCUGUGUUACUUUGAUGUUAUAAAUAAUGCUGAACUUGUCUAAACAGAAUUGAGAGGUCAUAGAAAUUCUUAACAGGGUGACAAUUCCAAGGUUUCAGAACCUGGAUGUUAGUGUGGAUUCGUUCAUCAGACUUUGAACAGAACAUUUUGCCACCUUUGCUACUCAAAACCAAUUUUAUGUUGCAAACACAGGGCAGUGUUUAAGCAAGUACAAAAAUCCAUUCAAACAUUUUCGUGUAUCUUCAGAAAUCAGAAAUAGCAUUAUAACUAAUGUAAUCCCAGACUUUUCUCCAAUUUACUAAUUAAAACAAUGGUCCUGUGUGGGUAGGUGACAGUUUUCGAUAAAACAGGUAUUAAUUUUGUUAUACAUGAAAAUGGCUUUUUAAAAAUCCCUUUCAAAUUAAAAAUACCUUUUCAAGUAUUAGUUACUUUUUUUAAUAUCCACUUUACAUUAUCUGUAAUAUGUAACCUCUCUCCGAGUUUACCCAAAGGGAAAUGCAAAAUCUGAAUCCCCCACCGUUUAAGAUGGUCCUUUAGUCCAAUGAAAACAUGUUACACCUUUAAAACUCUAGCCAUAAAAGUUACAAGUGCUCAGUGCCCUUAGGAGGUCUGUAUGUAAAAGAAACCUAAAACCUAGGUGAAUUUAAUGAAAUAACGUACUUCAUACAUAUACAAUGUAGGGAGCGGGGCAGGGGCUCUAUUGGGUUUUCUCUGGAGUGAGCCAUUUUAGAGAGCUAUCUGCCAUUAUCCCCAGUGCCUUGAACUAGAGGAAUAGCAUUUAAAAACAACAAAACCACCACAAGUAAACUUUUGAGGUGCUAAUGAAAGAGAAGGAAGGUAAGUACUUUUGAAGUUUGGGCAGAAAUGGGAAGGGGCGACUCUUUAAGAGUUUUUCAUCCAUCUACAUGGAAUCUGGCUGUUUCCUCUCAAAGAUGUUUGUUUAGAAAAGUGGUUCAAGUCAGCACUGAGCCAUACUUAAGAUCUGGCCAAAUUGGGAGCAUGUUGUUCAUGAGCUAUGAAUUUCAAGAAUCAACUUCCUUUUAAAAAAAAAAAAAAACAAACAAACAACUUCUUAGAAAGACAUGGUUGCAGCAGUGGGGGAUACAUUUUUAAAAAAAAAAAAAAAUCCAUUAAAUUUGUUACAACUUAAUACCAAAACCUGCCGUUUUUUCAUAAUUCCACCUCCUAGUUCUUCCUGUAUUUGUAAAUAGUCCCUCCUAGAAAAUAAGCAUUAACUGGAAUGUGUCAAAUGACUUUGCUUAGUUUUACUAUCAGCCACUAGUGAACUCUUCUUCCUGAGAUGCAUAAGGUAAACUAUGAUUAGCUUGUGCUAAGUGUUGUAAAAAUACUGUUUACUGUUUUCAAAGAGAAUUGCACAGUAUCUUUAACUGGGGUUGUCCUCUUCUGUUUCUUUAAAAAAAAAAAAAUGGAGUCAAGGCUCACUGACUUCUAGCUGUGGGAAUUCUGUCAUAGAUAUAAUGUAGAAAUAUACUUUUUUAAAGCAUGAAGAUAACAAAAAUGUACCUGAAAGAGGACAUUAUUCAGAGGAUUAUGCACAGCUUGAUAAGGAUGAAGUUGUGGUUUUCUUUCACCCUUGUUGCUAUUAUUUUCUUCUGCAUAAAUGUACACUCAUUUCAUUAUGUGCCUUGCUCCCUGAUUGUGCAAAGCUAUAUAUAUAUACACACAAAUAUAUAUAUAUAUAUAUAUGAGAGAGAGAAAGAUAUAUUCAUUCAGUACUACUGAUGUUUUUGUUCUACUGCUGGAUUAAGUUAUUGUCUGAGUUACACUUGCCACUUGUAACUAUUGUAAUGGCUUAGGACAGUGGUCAUAUAGCCAGAGUAAAUUUGUUUUUCAAGUUUCAUUAUUUUGUCAUCUAUCCCAAUUCUUAAUAA